UAGUGCUUUACCCUGACAAUAACUGCAAAGACCUUUCUAACGUGAUUAGCCGAAAUGGAAGCCUCCCCUUCCGAGUAUUCGGUUUAUAGCAGUGUACAAAGGUACGACGCCAAAAAAGUACUGGACGAGUAUGCUGAAAAGAUCAAAUGGCGAAAUGAUGGUAACGACACUGUUUUGGAUAUCGGUUGUGGAACGGGAGACGUUACAGUCGAACAUAUUUUAAGCCAUAUCCCAGUAAAGUUCAGGAAGCUGGUUGGAGUUGACAUUUCCCAGGAAAUGAUAGGAUACGCAAAACGGACCCAUGAACGUAAAAAUAUUUCUUUUGAAGUUUUGGAUAUAGAAGGCGACGAGGAUGAUAUUCAGCGAUUUUUGGUAAAGCAUCCUGAACGAUUCGACCAUGUAAUGUCUUUUUACUGCUUACACUGGGUUCCAAAUCAAGUGAAAGCAAUGAAAAACAUCUACAACCUACUAAAACCAAAUGGAGACUGCUUGCUCGCCUUAUUAGUUAAACAUAGCAUUUUCGACAUAUACAAGGAACUGUCCAAAACCAAAUGGAAAAAUCUGAUGUCAAGUCCUGAUGAUUUCUUUGCUGAUUACCAUGGUCGUGAAAAUCCAGCGGCAACCAUAGUCGAAAUUUUGACUGCUACAGGGUUCAAAAACCAUGAGGUCAAAAUCUAUCCCGGGAAAAUGCAAUUUACAGGUUACAAUGAAAUUAAAGCUAACGUAACUAUCAUCAACCCAAUUUGGCGGAAGAUGAACACAGAGGAGCAACGUGAAUAUUUGAAGGACUACUUAAACGUCGCUGCUAGAUUAGGACUUUAUAAGGAAGCAAGUAAUGAGAAUGAAAGUACGUUUAGUUUUUCAUACCAUCUUUUGGUUGUUUAUACGGUGAAGUAAGACAUAUUAAAAAAAUAAAUAUUUAUAUUCGCUUAUAUUAAAGAAAAUCAAACUGAAAAACUUCUAUAACAAAUAAAUAAAUUAAUCAUGA